AUGUCCAAGACCUUUAUCGGAAACGUCAAGAGUGUGCUCAGUGGCGACACUCUGAUAUUGACCAGCCCUAACAACCCCAAUGCUGAGCGAACCCUGUCUCUUGCCUAUGUCACGGCUCCCCAUCUGAAGCGCGAAGGCGACGAACCUUUCGCCUUCCAGUCACGCGAGUAUCUCCGGAAUCUCGUUGUCGGAAAGCCCGUACAGGCCACUGUUCUCUACACGAUUCCUACAUCCGGCCGAGAAUUUGGAACUGCUCAACUCAAGGAUGGUACCAACCUUCCCGAUGAGCUUGUUAAGGCUGGCUGGCUGAAGGUCCGUGAGGAUGCCGGUCGAAAGGAAGAGACCGACGAAGUUCUUGAUCGCCUGGAGACCCUCCGUCAGCUCGAAAGUAAGGCCAAGGCCGAGGAUAAGGGCCUCCAUGUUGGAGUUGGCGGUAUCAUUGAAGUUCAGAACGAUCUUGGCGGUCCCGAAUUCAUGAAGGAGUGGAAGGGUAAGACUGUUGAUGGUGUGGUAGAGCGAGUUCUUAGUGGUGACCGUCUGCUGGUGCGACUUUUGCUAUCGGAGAAGAAGCACGUCCAGCCUAUGACCCUCAUUGCUGGCAUUCGAACACCAGCCACUGAGCGAACACUUCCUUCAACUGGUGCUACCCAGCCCGCUGAGGAGUAUGGAAACGAAGCCAGAGCGUUCGUCGAAUCAAGAUUGCUCCAGCGCCAGGUCAAGGUCGAGAUCGUCGGUGCUAGCCCACAAGGCCAGCUCGUCGCCGCCAUUAUACACCCUCGCGGAAACAUUGCCGAAUUCUUGCUACAAGAUGGUCUGGCACGAUGUAACGACUUCCACUCUACCCUUUUGGGCGAGAAGAUGGCUGCUCUUCGUGCCGCUGAAAAGCAGGCACAGUCCAAGAAGCUCCGUAUUCACAAGCAUCACGUUGCUAAAGCUGAAGGCGGAAACCAGGAUGCGAUCGUUUCCAAGGUCAUUGGUGCCGACAUCAUCAUGAUCAGAAACAAGGCCGGGACAUCAGAAAAGCGCAUCAGCAUCAGCAGUGUCCGAGGCCCCCGUACUACAGAGCCCUCCGAGAGUCCCUUCAGGGAAGAGGCCAAGGAGUUCCUUCGUCAGAAGCUUAUCGGAAAGCAAGUGCGCAUCAGUAUCGACGGCAACAAGCCUGCAACCGAAGGCUUCGAGGCCCGAGAAGUCGCUACUGUUACCGAGAAGAACACCAAUAUCAACCUCCUUCUGGUCGAGAACGGAUGGGCCUCAGUCAUCCGACACCGUAAAGAUGACACUGACCGAGCUCCCAACUAUGAUGAUCUUCUUGCUGCCCAAGAGAAGGCGAAAGAGGAGAAGAAGGGUAUGUGGUCCGGCAAGCCUCAAAAGGCCAAGCAGUACACCGACCUUUCCGAGAACACACAGAAGGCCAAGAUCAUGCUGGCUACACUACAACGGCAGAAGAAGGUUCCUGCUAUUGUCGACUUCUGUAAGGCAGGUUCAAGAUUCACGGUCUUAAUUCCCCGCGAGAAUGUGAAACUCACCAUGGUCUUGGGUGGUAUUAGAGCCCCUCGAGCGCCCCGAGCCGAUGGCGAAGGUGGCGAGCCUUUCGGCAAGGAAGCUCUUGAUCUUGCCAACCGCCGUUGUAACCAGCGAGAUUGCGAAGUGAACAUCCAUGAUAUGGAUAAGGUAGGUGGCUUCAUCGGUGAGCUCUACGUCAAUCGUGAGAACUUUGCCAAGGUUUUAGUUGAAGAGGGAUUGGCUUCUGUUCACGCCUAUUCUGCUGAAAAGUCUGGCAAUGCCACCGAGCUUUUUGCGGCCGAGAAGAAGGCGAAGGAAGCCCGAAAGAACCUGUGGCAAGAUUGGGAUCCAUCUCAAGAUGAGGAGUAUGAGGAAGAGGAUGCCGGGGAGGCUACUCCUGAAGCCGAUGCCUCCCUUGAAAAGAAGCCUACCGACUACCGUGAUGUUGUCAUCACUAAUGUUGACGCAAACGGGAAGAUCAAGCUCCAGGAGAUUGGUAAGGGAACAGCUGCCCUUGAAAGCUUGAUGAGCGAAUUUAGAAAGUUCCAUCUGGACUCCAAGAACAACAACCCUUUGAAGGAUGCACCUAAAACAGGAGAGUACGUUUCAGCCAAGUUCUCCGCCGAUGGCCAAUGGUACCGAGCUCGUGUGAGGUCCAACGAUCGCACCGCCAAGAAAUCCGAAGUCAUCUACAUCGACUACGGCAACAGCGAGAAGAUUCCCUGGUCCAACCUUCGGGCCCUUGACCAGCCCAAGUUUGGUGCGCAGAAGCUGAAGGCUCAGGCCGUUGACGCUUCUCUGUCGUUUGUUCAGCUUCCAACCGGCGCUGAUUAUUUUGAGGAUGCCAUCGGCUUUAUUUACGACAUCACUGAGAAUAAGCGACUCGUUGCCAACUUCGACUUUGUCGACAACAAGGAGAAUGUGAGCUACGUUACCUUGUACGAUACUGGGUCUUCGGGCGAAUUGCCUGGCCCUAAUGACUCGAUCAACAAAGAUGUUGUUGCAGGCGGAUACGGUAUGGUGCCCAAGAAGCUCAAAGCGUGGGAGCGCAGCAAGGUUUUCGAACCUACACUGAAGCACCUCAAGGAGGUUGAGGCCCAGGCGAAGCAAGAUCGUCGUGGUAUGUGGGAAUAUGGAGAUAUAACUGAGGACUAG